AUGGCAAGAGCCGCCAAAUAUCUCAUCCUCUCCUUCACUCUCUUCCUCUCUGCCCUCGCUCAUCAUCCGCAACUCGACGCCACCGACGGUCUAGAAACCACACGGCAAGUCAACCGUGACGCGCCAAGUGGAGCGCCCAGCUUUGACACGGUCUGCAACCCAAACUUCCGUUCCUUCGACGGCACGUGCACCAACCCCCAACACCGGCUUCUCGGCUCGAAGGGACGCGCGCACGCCUCGCUCGAAGAUGCCGCCUCCUCUGUCGUGCCGACGGGGGCCGAUCGGCCCUCGGCGCGCUUCGUGUCCAACGCUCUCUGCAGGCAGUCCAUGGACGCGUACAACAAGCGGGGGGUAAACGAACUCGCCGUCUUCUUCGGGCAAUUCAUCGACCACACCAUCGUCUCGACGCCGAGCGGCGGCGACGCGUUUCCCAUCGCGGUGCCAAACGACGACCCGAUCUUCGCCAACGUCACGGGCAAGCUCAAGUUCACGCGGUCCGCGCGUAGCGGCGUCGAGGUGCGCGGCCAGCGCACGGGCGCCGAGCGCCCGACUAACGCGCUCCCCGCCGCGCUUGACCUGUCGACGGUGUACGGCGACUCCAAGGUCCGCGCCGACGCGCUGCGCUCCUUCCGCGACGGAAAGCUGAAAAAUAGCUCCGGCAACCUGCUCCCGCUCAACGACAGGGGCCUCUCCAACUCGCCUAACAACUCGCCCGGCUUCUUCGUCGCCGGCGAGACGCGCGUCAACGAGCACCCCAUGCUGACGUGCCUCCACACGCUGUUCAUGCGCGAGCACAACUCGAUCUGCGACGAGCUUGCGCAAGCGUACCCGGACUACAACGACGAGCAGCUGUACCAAACGGCGCGCAAGAUCAACGGGGCGCAGUUUGCCAAGAUCGUAUUCGAGGAAUUCUACCCGGCGAUGACGGGGCGGGCUCUGCCGGCGUACAGGGGGUUCCGGCCCGACGUGGACGUGAGCAUCCUGGACGUGUUCUCGACGGCGGCGUUCCGUGUGGGGCACACGAUGGUGGGCAACGUGGUGCGGCGGGUCGGGCGCGACGGGGUUAGCAAGUCGGCGUUGCGCAUGUCCGAGACGUUCUUCCGCGGGGCGGACGCGCUGGCGGACGGGAUCGACGACUUCCUGCGGGCGGCGGCGGGCACGGCGGCGCAGGAGGUGGACCUGCUGGUGCACGACAGCGUGCGGGACUUCCUGUUCACGGGGGUGGCGGAGGAGAGCGGGGUGGACCUGAUCGCGCUGAACAUCCAGCGCGGGCGCGACCACGCGAUCCCGGGGUACGCGCGGGUGCGCGAGCUGGUGGGGCUGGGGACGGUGCGGGGGUUCGCGGACAUGCCUGCGGCGACGGCGGUGCGCGCGGCGCUGAUGGGCGUGUACGGGAAGGUGGAGAGCGUGGACGCGUGGGUCGGGAUGGUCGCGGAGAGCAAGGAGGGCGGGAUGGGGGAGACGAUGGGAAAGGUGUGGGAGAUGCAGUUCGAGAGGCUGCGGGAUGGGGACGCGUUUUAUUGGAGAGGGGAUGAGGGGCUCAUGGCGAUGCGCGGGAAGGUGGGGAGGGUGACGGAGCUGUUUGAGGGCGGCGGCGGGAUGGCGGCGGUGCUGAGACGCAACUCUGAGGUGCGGCCGCGGCCGGGGAGGGUGUUCUUUGUUGAGUAG